AUGGUAGAUGUGGACAACCACUGUACUCGACCUUCAGCACCAUCCGUUCGUGAAAAAGAUUCUCCAGAAAGUGGACUGCGAGACGGUGGACUUCCAGGUGAAAGGCAUGAAGGAUGCCAGUCUUUGAAACCAGGAGCCAUGGCACUUUUCAGCGACAACCUCAACCAUGUCAUCCUUGCCGGACUAAAAGUGGUGCGACUAUUUAAAGGCUCCGCUAAUAACAGCGGCGGUGGCAGAAGCAGCGAGGGCAGAAGCAGCAGCAACAACAGCAACUUCAACCGCCGUCCGUCUACUUAUUUCCGCGGGGUCCAGACAUAUCUGACAUGCGUCCAGUGCAGUAAGUAUAUGGCCGAGCUCGUGUAUAUGACAUUAGUUAAAUCACUGUAUACUGAUCCGGCCACAUUGGCCCUCACCGAAUUGCCAGACAGUUACGGGGACGACAUAGUAUUUGGCAAUCCAAGUUUAUACCUUGCAGAAUGGGUGAGAUUUCAAAAGCCCAGUACAUAUAGUUCACAAUCGUGGAACUCCCAGCUUGGGAAAGACACCGUAGAAAACUAUAUCCUGCAACUCUACAUAGUGAGAAAAAGAGAGGAAAAAAAAAGCGAUAAAUUAAGAAAUUAA